AUGAAGACUGAAAUACUUCAAACAUUAUAUCCUGUUGGUUCUAUUUAUACGUCAAUGAAUUCAACAAAUCCAGCAAGUGUUUUAGGUUUUGGUACGUGGAAGCAGAUUGUAGAUAAAUUCUUAUACUGUGCUAACUCUUCAAAACAAACAGGAGGUUCGAAGAAAAUUACUGAAGCAAACUUACCCGCGCACACUCAUACAGGAACUACAAACACAACAGGUAAUCAUUCACAUUCAAUAACAAAAAGAGGUUAUACAAAUCUUGCAGCAGGUUCGGAUAGACAGGGAAUGCAUAGAUAUGAUAUUUCAAGUGACCCAGUAGAUUCAAGCACAGGUAUUUUCUGUGGAACCACAGGAAAUCAUUCACACACUUUCACAACAAAUCCAACAGGCUCGGGUGCAGAUUAUAUGCCACCAUUUGUGACUAUAUUCGCAUGGUACCGCGUUCAUUGA